GCCUCUGCGUUUCCACAGUAACGCGGCGCCCCGGGCCGUUCCCGGUCCCGUUGGUUCAGUGGGACCUGUUGGCAUCCAGAGAUGUCAACCCCACCUCUGGCCGGGGCAGGGAUGCCUCCUGGUGCAUUCUCAGGAACGCAGGCUCAGGCAGCUAGGGAGGUCAAUACAGCAUCUCUCUGCCGUAUCGGCCAGGAGACCGUGCAGGACAUUGUGUUUCGAACCAUGGAAAUUUUCCAGUUACUGAGGAACAUGCAGUUGCCAAAUGGUGUUACUUAUCAUACUGGAACAUAUCAAGACAGACUGGGAAAACUACAGGAGCAUCUCCGUCAGCUAUCAAUACUCUUCAGAAAGCUGAGAUUAGUCUAUGACAAAUGUAAUGAAAACUGUGCUGGACUUGAUCCUAUUCCCAUAGAACAACUUAUUCCAUAUGUUGAAGAAGAUGGCUCUAAGCAUGAUGACCGUGGUGCUGCUAGUCAGCUUCGUUUCGCUAGUGAAGAGAGAAGGGAAAUCAUGGAAGUAAAUAAGAACCAGAAUGGAGUUGGAGUUAAUUCAUACGAAGAGAUUAUGGAGAUAUCUUCAAAAUACAGCCGUGGAGCAGAUUAUGGAAUGUUCUGCCAUUUUGCUACCUGCUAGUACAGCACCUACCAGAAGAGUUGUUAUGACAGAACCCAAACUGAUAGCAUUUCUACUUGCAGAUCCAAGACUAUCUGCGUUUGGAGUUUGAAUUCAGGCCGUUGAAAGGCACAAACUAUCUGCAGAGUGCAAAUCUGAGCAUGGAGUGCAACUGUCCAGGAGAAUGGUGAUACAUCAUCUCCAGGGUUUGCUGAGGUCUUAUAUUUUAACAGUGUCAGCCUUCCCACUCUGUUGCAAGCAAAAUUUACACCCCUUCUGUCUCCUAAGAGGAAAGGAAAUAGUGGCGACAAAGAUGUUCCCAGAGGAGUGACUAAUCUUUACCCUUCAGGAGUUCUCAAGGAUAGCCACCUCUACUAAUCAUUGCAUAGUUGUUUUUAAAACAAGAAAAAAAAAAUACAAUAAAUGCAAAGCAGUUAAUUCCA